UUCUAAAAAACUUCGCGUCUUCCUUGAAACAGGGGAGAAACAGGGGAAGUUCGAUGCGGCUAGGGCAGCUGGCUUCCGCCAUCGCCGCCGACGGGAGGCGCUCCCGCGCGUCCUCCGCGUGAGCCCAAGCAUCCUCCGCCUCCAACAGGAGGCCGACCCCCUCCAACGGCGCGGUGUCAUGGCGCGGCAGGGCAGCCUGGCGGGGCGUACGUGCUGGGCGAGCGGCAAGGCGGGCCGACUGGUCUGUGCUGGGCGAGCGGCGCACAUGGGGAGCGGAGCUCUGGGUGUGCGAGGCGGGCGAGUGGAGCUCCGGCAUGCGCCCAAACAGCAGGUGGAGGGCGGGCAUGUUGUCCUUCUCCUUCCUGCCGCCGUUCCUCAUGGGGAAAUGGGAGAACGAUGCCAAGAAAGCGGAGAAGCUCAAGGAGGCGGUGAACCAGAGGCCCAAGUUCCGGAGGCCAUUUGGGAAGAUUUAUCAAGCAAUCAAUGCCGACACUUUAAGAGCGCAAAACAUGGAAACAUGGCUCUACUUUAAUCAGGAUUCUUGCAGUAUGGGUGCUUCACUGAAUCUGUUGAGCUGUUGAAUCAGAUGAGAGAUGACACUUGAUCUGUUUGCUCUGGCUGCUUCAGCAGGAUGGAUUUUAGCCUUGGGAGGCAACUGCAUUCACUUCGUGUGAUUCGUGGACAGAUUCAAGCUGUUGUCGUCUCCAAUUCUCUCAUCUCUGUGUAUGCAAAGUGUGCCAAUCUGUAUGGUGGAUUCAGAGGUGUAUGCAUUGCUUAGGGAAGAGGCAUGCCUAGGGAAGAUGUUGCUGAGCAAAUAAAUUGUGGUGUGUCUGUGUGUUUGUAAAUAAAUUGUGACACAAAUAUGUCAAUAUGGAAGAACAAAUGUUCAAUGUA